AUGCACCUCUCCAGCCUGCUUCGUCUCUCCGGCCUCGUGCUCUCGUGGGCCGGCACCGCCGCGGCCGCCUGCAAUGGCCACGACAAGCUGUGCGGCCGGCGGUACUCGGAGGUGACCAUGAUCGGCACGCACAACAGCGCCUUUGUCGGCGACUCGCCCUUCGACAACCAGUUCGUGACGGUGACGGAGCAGCUGGACAGCGGCGUGCGGUUCCUGCAGGCGCAGACGCAGGACAAGUUUGGCGAGAUUGAGAUGUGCCACACGUCGUGCUGGUAUCUCGACGUCGGCCCUCUGAGCCGCUACCUGCGCGAGGUUGCCGAUUGGCUCGACAAACACCCGGACGACGUGGUGACGCUGCUGCUAACCAACAUUGACGCCAUCCCCAUGGAAAAAUUCGAUGCCGCCUUUGACGAGACCGGGCUCAAGAAACACGUCUUUCGUCCCAAGGCCACGAUGGCCAAGGACCGGUGGCCAACGCUUCAGGAGCUCAUCAAGGCGGGGACCCGUCUGAUUGUCUUUAUGGACUAUCACGCCGACCAGACCAAGGUCGACUACAUCAUCAGCGAGUUUGACUACUUCUGGGAGACGCCCUACGGCAUCACCGACAAGGAAUUCCCGACGUGCCGCGUCGACCGGCCGUCCAACGGAGACACCAAGAAGCUCAUGGGCAUCAUGAACCACAUGCUCAACUUCCAGGUUGGCGACAUUGUCUUCCCCAACAUGAUUGACGCGGUCACGACCAACUCGCUGGCGUCGAUCCAGAAGCAGGUUGCCCUGUGCAAGAGCGACGGGAAGCCGCAGCCCAAUGUUGUCUUGCUUGACUGGGUCAACAUUGGCGAGGCGAAAAAGGCACAUCAGGUCCUCAACGGGCUGUAG